UGGACUCUGACGAAAACAUUUUCGAACAUAUAAAAUUUUAGGCUUCUCCGCCACAUCGGAGUUUUAGCCAGCCACUCACCGCUAUUAUAUUAAGAAAGAAAAGACAGGCGUUCGCCUCUUUCCUUUUCAAAGAAUUCCUAAACAAAAUCAAAAUUCAGGAGAGAAGAGUAAGGAAUUUGGAAAUUUGUUGUUAUUGGAGAUUCUUUUUUAUCAUUAUUAUUUUCCCCAAAUUAUGGGAUAUGUUUCAAUGGAACCUGCGGUUUUGGAUGAUGUAAUACAUCGCUUAUUGGAUUUAAAACAAACGAGGCCAGGGAAGCAGGUGCAGCUGUUGGAAGGUGAGAUCCGUCAGCUUUGCACUGUUGCAAGAGAAAUCUUUCUUCAGCCUAAUCUUCUUGAACUUGAGGCUCCCAUCAAGAUCUGUGGUGACAUUCAUGGGCAGUACUCUGAUCUUCUGAGGCUUUUUGAAUACGGGGGUUUCCCCCCUAAUGCUAAUUAUUUAUUCCUGGGGGACUACGUUGAUCGUGGCAAGCAGAGUCUAGAAACAAUAUGCCUUUUGCUCGCCUAUAAGAUCAAAUAUCCUGAGAACUUUUUCCUUUUGAGAGGGAAUCAUGAAUGUGCUUCUAUUAACCGGAUUUAUGGCUUUUAUGAUGAAUGCAAACGAAGGUUCAAUGUGAGACUUUGGAAAUUCUUUACUGAGUGUUUUAAUUGUCUUCCAGUGGCUGCUGUAAUAGAUGACAAAAUAUUGUGCAUGCAUGGCGGCCUCUCCCCUGAUUUAACAAAUUUGGAUCAAGUAAGGAGUUUAACCCGUCCAACAGAUGUUCCUGAUUCUGGUCUGCUUUGCGAUUUACUUUGGUCAGAUCCCGGUAGUGGCAUAGAAGGCUGGGGUAUGAGUGAUCGAGGGGUGUCAUUUACUUUUGGCCCAGAUAGAGUCUCUGAGUUCUUAACGAAAAAUGAUAUGGACCUUGUUUGCCGUGCCCAUCAGGUUGUUGAAGAUGGAUACGAGUUCUUUUCUGACAGACAGCUUGUGACAAUAUUUUCUGCUCCCAAUUAUUGUGGCGAAUUUGAUAAUGCUGGUGCAAUGAUGAGCGUUGAUGAAAGCCUAAUGUGCUCUUUUCAAAUUCUUAAGCCUGCAGAUAAAAAGUCCAGUCUCGUUUGAGGGACACUACUGCUGUCUCUGUUCCUGCAUUGAACAACUGGUUUUUGGUGUGAUUUGAGGAAGAAAUGUUCAAAGUUUAGGAUGCUGGUGAUGAUAUUGCAGCUCCUUGAAGAUAAUGUCAUAAUGAAAUAUGAGCAUUUCUCCCCUAUAUUAAAGGGGUACAGGCUAUCUGUUUAAAGCUAUUUUAUAACCAUUUGAAAUCAAAAAGAUAAUACAUGGUCGAGAAUGAAUUCAAACAGUAAAAUCCUUUGAUUUUUUUCGUUCUUUUUUAGCACUCAAGAUAUUUUCAAUAUAUUUCCAUUGGAAAGGGUGCAAAGUUGAAGUGAUGCUGAUUUAGGAAUUAGGAAGGGGGGGUAGGCUGAAGCUAAAAUGUUGAAAAUGUUUUUCAACUAUUUAAUGUCUUUGAUUGUACCUAAA